AUGCUGACCAAGUUAGACCAAGUCAGGCCAAGUCAGACCAAGUCAAGCCAGGUCAGGCCAAGUCAGGCCAAGUUAGACCAAGUCAGGCCAAGUCAGACCAAGUCAGGCCAAGUUAGACCAAGUCAGGCCAGGUCAGACCAAGUCAGGCCAGGUCAGACCAAGUCAGACCAAAUUAGACCAAGUCAAGCCACGUCAGACCAAGUCAGGCCAGGUCAGACCAAGUCAGACCAAGUUAGACCAAGUCAAGCCAGGUUAGACCAAGUCAGCCCAAGUCAGACCAAGUCAGGCCAAAUCAGACCAAGUCAGUCCAAGUCAGACCAAGUCAGGCCAGGUCAGACCAAGUCAGGCCAAGUCAGACCAAGUCAGGCCAAGUCAGACCAAGCCAAGUCAGACCAAGUCAGGCCAAGUCAGACCAAGUCAGACCAAGUCAGACCAAGUCAGACCAAAUCAGACCAAGUCAGACCAAGUCAGACCAAAUUAGACCAAGUCAGGCCAAGUCAGGCCAAGUCAGACCAAGUCAGACCAAGUCAGACCAAGUCAGACCAAAUUAGACCAAGUCAGACCAAGUCAGGCCAAGUCAGACCAAGUCAGACCAAGUCAGGCCAAGUCAGACCAAGUCAGACCAAGUCAGGCCAAGUCAGACCAAGUCAGACCAAAUCAGACCAAGUCAGACCAAGUCAGACCAAGUCAGACCAAGUCAGACCAAGUCAGGCCAAGUCAGACCAAGCAGCAGUUGGACUAUUCUUGUCUACUUUAUGUAAUACAAUGUACCGCGACUAUCACACCAAGAAUGAAUAUCAAAUGUGUACUAUGAUUUUCUUUUAUCAUUUGAUAUACAUUGAAGCUCCGUCUGUUUGUCUGGUCCUAAUGAAGAACACUUUAUUUCUCCCAAUCAAUUUGAAACUUUAG